UGGCACGCCAGAAGUGCCUGCUGAAGGAUGGAGAAGGUUUACCAGAGAACAGAUAUUCACAAUGGUCGCAACAGCUUCUAUCAACUUCAGCUCAAUGAUCUGCUAUUCAAUCCUGGGACCCUUUUUCCCUGCAGAGGCAGAAAAAAAAGGUGCCAGUAACACAAUUGUUGGCAUGAUUUUUGGAUGUUUUGCUUUAUUCAAUUUCUUGACUUCUUUAAUCUUGGGAAAUUAUCUUACACAAAUAGGAGCAAAAUUCAUGUUUGUGGCAGGGAUGUUUAUUUCUGGAUGUGUUACAAUUCUGUUUGGAAUGCUGGACAAGGUGCCCAGUGGACCACUGUUCAUCGCUUUAUGCUUUUUAGUAAGAGCAAUGGAUGCAAUAGGUUUUGCAGCAGCAAUGACAGCAUCAUUCUCAAUCCUUGCGAAGGCAUUCCCCAGUAACAUAGCUACUGUCAUGGGUAGCCUUGAGAUUUUUACAGGGCUUGGACUGGUGCUGGGUCCACCUUUAGGUGGCUUUUUAUACCAAUCGUUUGGUUAUGAGGUCCCUUUCAUUACACUGGGUUGUCUAGUGUUGGUCCUGGUGCCUGUGAAUAUGUACCUGUUACCAAAAUACGAUGCAAUCCCUAGCAAGGACUCCUUUUGGAAGCUUAUUCUUCUGCCAAAAGUCUUGUUACUCUGUUUUAUUAUAUUUUCUCUAAGUUCAGGCUUGGGCUUUUUGGACCCCACAAUGUCUCUAUUUAUCCUAAAGAAGUUUAACCUCCCUGCUGGUUAUGUGGGCUUAGUAUUCCUAGGUUUGGCAGUCUCUUAUUCCGUGUCUUCUCCGCUCCUCGGAUUCUUAAGUGACAAGCUGCCAUACCUCAGGAAAUGGCUGCUGAUCUUUGGAAGCUUUAUAACAGCAGCCUGCUUUUUCAUGUUAGGACCUGCUCCUGUACUGCACAUUGAAAGUAAACUGUGGAUGUUUGUCCUAGUGCUGGUUUUGCUUGGCUUUUCCCUUGGCAUGUGUGCUAUUCCAGUAUUUCCAGAGGCUCUGCACUGUGCAUAUGAGAAUGGCUUUGAAGAAGGUCUGAGUCUUUUGGGACUGGUGUCUGGGCUCUUCAGUGCUAUGUGGUCCCUUGGGUCAUUUGUAGGUCCCACUCUAGGAGGAUUUCUAGAUGAAAAGUUGGGUUUUGAAUGGGCCUCAGCCAUCCAAGGAGGAUGGUCACUGUUAAGUGGACUUGCAAUUGGGAUAUUCUAUAUCGUUGAGACCACAAGGAGGAGUUCCAGUUCUGGCCUGCAAAGCCCUCCUGGUAAUAAUGAAGAAAGAACUCUCCUGUUGGCUAGUGAAACAUAGCCAGACAUACUUUUGGAUCCUC